AAUGGCCGUCGCGCCGCUGCGCGCCUGAGGAAAGAGCCCCAACGUCUUCCGCUCCGCCUCAGCCUGCGGGACUGCUCGGCUCGGCUCCUAGGCAGUGAGCGUCAGACCUGGUCGAGCCCGUUCUCCGGCGUCCAACCCGAGCGUGACCAGCCAUGAUCCUGAAGCUGCCUAGAGGUGGCUAGCCAUCGGUCAACUCAUUAGCAUACAAAAAGACACUUAUGACAGCAAAAGAGACUUAAGACUAAAGACAGAGACUCCCUAUGCUGCCCAGGCUGGGGUGCAGUGGCCAGUCACAAGGUUGAUCAUAGCACAUUGUAGCCUGGAGCUCCUGGGAUCAAGCAAUCCUCCUGCCUCAUCCUCUGGAGCAACUGGGACUGCAAGUAUACACACUGUGGCUGACGAAAUAUCACAAUAUUUGGUACAUGGUUUUGAUGAACACCUGGCUUUAUUUUUGCAAUGAAGAAAGGUUCUCAACAAAAAAUAUUCUGCAAAGCAAAGAUGCCAUCGUCAUCUCACUCUCCUAUCCCAUCAUCUAUGUCCAAUCUGAGAUCUAGGUCACUUUCACCUUUGAUUGGAUCAGAGACUCUACCUUUUCAUUCUGGAGGACAGUGGUGUGAGCAAGUUGAGAUUGCAGAUGAAAACAAUAUGCUUUUGGACUACCAAGACCAUAAAGGAGCUGAUUCACAUGCAGGAGUUCGAUAUAUUACAGAGGCCCUCAUUAAAAAACUUACUAAACAGGACAAUUUGGCCUUGAUAAAGUCUCUGAACCUUUCUCUUUCUAAAGAUGGUGGCAAGAAAUUUAAGUAUAUCGAGAAUUUGGAAAAAUGUAUUAAACUUGAAGUACUGAAUCUCAGCUAUAAUCUAAUAGGGAAGAUUGAAAAGUUGGACAAGCUGUUAAAAUUACGUGAACUCAACUUAUCCUAUAACAAAAUCAGCAAAAUUGAAGGCAUAGAAAAUAUGUGUAAUCUGCAAAAGCUUAACCUUGCAGGAAAUGAAAUUGAGCAUAUUCCAGUAUGGUUAGGGAAGAAGUUAAAAUCUUUGCGAGUCCUCAAUUUGAAAGGCAACAAGAUAUCAUCGCUCCAAGAUAUAAGCAAGUUGAAACCGCUUCAAGAUUUGAUUUCUCUGAUCCUAGUUGAAAAUCCAGUUGUGACCCUUCCUCAUUACCUCCAGUUUACCAUUUUCCACCUCCGUUCACUGGAAAGUUUGGAAGGUCAGCCAGUAACCACUCAGGAUAGACAGGAGGCUUUUGAGAGAUUCAGUUUAGAAGAAGUGGAAAGACUGGAAAGAGACCUAGAAAAAAAGAUGAUAGAAACUGAAGAGCUUAAGAGCAAACAAACAAAGUUUCUUGAGGAAAUUAAAAAUCAAGAUAAAUUGAACAAAUCAUUGAAAGAGGAGGCCAUGUUACAGAAACAGAGCUGUGAGGAACUCAAGAGUGACUUAAACACCAAAAAUGAAUUGCUAAAACAGAAGACCAUAGAACUAACACGAGCGUGUCAGAAGCAAUAUGAGCUGGAACAGGAAUUGGCCUUUUAUAAAAUUGAUGCUAAAUUUGAGCCACUAAAUUAUUAUCCAUCAGAGUAUGCUGAAAUUGAUAAAGCCCCAGAUGAAAGCCCUUACAUUGGCAAAUCCAGAUACAAGAGAAAUAUGUUUGCCACAGAGAGUUAUAUUAUUGAUAAUGCUCAGGCAAUACAGAUCAAGAAGAUGGAGCCAGAUGAACAACUUAGAAAUGAUCACGUGAACUUGAGAGGCCACGCACCGCUGGACAGGCAACUGGAAGACAAAGAAAAAAAAAUAAGUGCAGCACAAACUCGACUAUCAGAACUGCAUGACGAAAUAGAAAAGGCAGAACAACAAAUUUUGAGAGCUACUGAAGAAUUUAAACAACUGGAAGAAGCUGUACAACUAAAAAAAAUUUCAGAAGCAGGGAAGGACCUUCUUUACAAGCAGUUGAGUGGUAGACUACAACUUGUAAAUAAAUUACGCCAGGAAGCUCUGGAUCUAGAACUGCAGAUGGAAAAGCAAAAGCAGGAAAUUGCCGAAAAGCAGAAGGAGAUUAAGGACCUGCAAAUAGCCAUAGAUAGCCUGGAUUCCAAAGACCCAAAACAUUCCCAUAUGAAGGCUCAAAAGAGGGGUAAAGAACAACAGCUUGACAUUAUGAACAAGCAGUACAAACAACUUGAAAGUCGUUUGGAUGAGAUACUUUCUAGAAUUGCUAAGGAAACAGAAGAGAUUAAGGACCUUGAACAACAACUUACUGAAGGCCAGAUAGCAGCAAACGAAGCCCUGAAAAAGGAUUUAGAAGGUGUCAUCAGUGGGUUGCAAGAAUACCUGGGGACCAUUAAAGGCCAGGCAACUCAGGCCCAGAAUGAGUGCAGAAAGCUGCAGGAUGAGAAAGAGACGUUGUUGCAGAGAUUGACAGAAGUCGAGCAGGAGAGAGACCAACUGGAAAUAGUUGCCAUGGAUGCAGAAAAUAUGAGGAAGGAGCUUGCAGAGCUAGAAAGUGCCCUCCAGGAGCAGCAUGAGGUGAAUGCAUCUUUGCAGCAGACCCAGGGAGAUCUCAGUGCCUAUGAAGCUGAGCUAGAGGCUCGGCUAAACCUAAGAGAUACUGAAGCCAGCCAGCUCAAGGAAGAGUUGGAAAAAGUAACAAGACUAACCCAGUUAGAACAAUCAGCCCUUCAAGCAGAACUUGAGAAGGAAAGGCAAGCCCUCAAGAAUGCCCUUGGAAAAGCCCAGUUCUCAGAAGAAAAGGAGCAAGAGAACAGUGAGCUCCAUGCAAAACUUAAACACCUGCAGGAUGACAAUAAUCUGUUAAAACAGCAACUUAAAGAUUUCCAGAAUCACCUUAACCAUGUGGUUGAUGGUUUGGUUCGUCCAGAAGAAGUGGCAGCUCGUGUGGAUGAGCUAAGAAGAAAACUGAAAUUAGGAGCUGGGGAAAUGAACAUCCAUAGUCCUUCAGAUGUCUUAGGGAAAAGUCUUGCUGAUUUACAGAAACAAUUCAGUGAAAUUCUUGCACACUCCCAGUGGGAAAGAGAUGAAGCACAAGUUAGAGAAAGAAAACUCCAAGAAGAAAUGGCUCUGCAGCAAGAGAAACUGGCAACUGGACAACAAGAGUUCAGGCAGGCCUGUGAGAGAGCCCUGGAAGCAAGAAUUAAUUUUGAUAAGAGACAACAUGAAGCGAGAAUCCAGCAACUGGAGAAUGAAAUUCACUAUUUGCAAGAAAAUCUAAAAAGUAUGGAGGAAAUCCAAGGCCUUACAGAUCUCCAACUUCAGGAAGCUGACGAAGAGAAGGAGAGAAUUCUGGCCCAACUCCGAGAGUUAGAGAAAAAGAAGAAACUUGAAGAUGCCAAAUCUCAGGAGCAAUUUUUUGGUUUAGAUAAAGAACUGAAAAAACUGAAGAAAGCUGUGGCCACCUCUGAUAAGCUAGCCACAGCUGAACUCACCAUUGCCAAAGACCAGCUGAAAUCCCUUCAUGGAACUGUUAUGAAAAUUAACCAGGAGCGAGCAGAGGAGUUGCAGGAAGCAGAGAGGUUCAGCAGAAAGGCAGCACAAGCAGCCAGGGAUCUGACCCGAGCAGAAGCUGAGAUCGAACUCCUGCAGAAUCUCCUCAGGCAGAAGGAGGAGCAGUUUCGACUUGAGAUGGAGAAAACAGGUGUAGGUACUGGAUCAAACUCACAGGUCCUAGAAAUUGAGAAACUGAAAGAGACAAUGGAACGACAAAGGAUAGAGAUUGCAAGGCUGCAGAAUGUACUAGACCUCACCGGAACUGACAACAAAGGAGGCUUUGAAAAUGUUUUAGAAGAAAUUGCUGAACUUCGACGUGAAGUUUCUUAUCAGAAUGAUUACAUCAGCAGCAUGGCAGAUCCUUUCAAAAGACGAGGCUAUUGGUACUUUAUGCCACCACCACCAUCAUCAAAAGUUUCCAGCCAUAGUUCCCAGGCCACCAAGGACUCUGGUGUUGGCCUUAAGUACACAGCCUCAACUCCUGUUAGAAAACCCUGCCCUGGGCAGCAGGAUGGGAAGGAAGGCAGUGGACCUCCCCCUGCCUCAGGAUACUGGGUUUAUUCUCCCAUCAGGAGUGGGUUACAUAAAUUGUUUCCAAAUAGAGAUGCAGACAGUGGAGGAGAUAGUCAGGAAGAGAGUGAGGUGGAUGACCAAGAAGAACCCCCAUUUGUGCCUCCUCCUGGAUACAUGAUGUAUACUGUGCUUCCUGAUGGUUCUCCUGUGCCCCAGGGCAUGGCCCUGUAUGCACCACCUCCUCCCUUGCCAAACAAUAGCCGACCUCUCACCCCUGGCACUGUUGUUUAUGGCCCACCUCCUGCUGGGGCCCCCAUGGUGUAUGGGCCUCCACCCCGCAACUUCUCAAUCCCCUUCAUCCCUAUGGGUGUGCUGCAUUGCAACAUCCCUGAACACCAUAACUUAGAGAAUGAAGUUUCUAGAUUGGAAGACAUAAUGCAGCAUUUAAAAUCAAAGCAGCAGGAAGAACGGUGGAUGAGAGCAUCCAAGCGGCAGUCCGAGAAAGAAAUGGAAGAACUGCAUCAUAAUAUUGAUGAUCUUUUGCAAGAGAAGAAAAGCUUAGAGCGUGAAGUAGAAGAAUUACAUAGAACUGUCCAGAAACGUCAACAGCAAAAGGACUUCAUUGAUGGAAAUGUUGAGAGUCUUAUGACUGAACUAGAAAUAGAAAAAUCACUCAAACAUCAUGAAGAUAUUGUAGAUGAAAUUGAGUGCAUUGAGAAGACUCUUCUGAAACGUCGCUCAGAGCUCAGGGAAGCUGACCGACUUCUGGCAGAGGCUGAGAGUGAACUUUCGUGCACUAAAGAAAAGACAAAAAAUGCUGUCGAAAAGUUCACUGAUGCCAAGAGAAGUUUAUUGCAAACUGAGUCAGAUGCUGAGGAAUUAGAAAGGAGAGCUCAGGAAACUGCCAUUAACCUUGUCAAAGCUCAUCAGGAGCUAAGAUUACUCCAGGCUGAUGCAAAGGAUUUGGAGCAGCACAAAAUCAAGCAAGAAGAAAUCUUGAAAGAAAUAAACAAAAUUGUAGCAGCAGAAGACUCAGACUUCCAAUGUUUAAGCAAGAAGAAGGAAAAACUGACAGAAGAGCUUCAGAAACUGCAAAAAGAUGUUGAGAUGGCAGAACGCAGUGAGGAUCACCACCUGCAAGUCCUUAAAGAAUCUGAGACGCUCCUUCAAGCCAAGAGAGCUGAGCUGGAAAAGCUGAAAAGCCAGGUGACAAGUCAGCAGCAGGAGAUGGCUGUCUUGGACAGGCAGUUAGAGUAUAAAAAGGAGGAGCUGCAUCUACUCCAAGGAAGCAUGGUGCAGGCAAAAGCUGACCUCCAGAAAGCUCUGAGACUGGGAGAGACUGAAGUAGCUGAGAAGUGCAAUCACAUUAAGGAAGUAAAAUCUCUUCUGGAAGAACUGAGUUUUCAGAAAGGAGAACUGAACGUUCAGAUUAGUGAAAGAAAAACUCAGCUUACACUUAUAAAGCAGGAAAUUGAAAAAGAGGAAGAAAAUCUUCAGAUUGUUUUAAGGCAGAUGUCUAAACAUAAAACUGAACUAAAGAAUAUUCUGGACAUGUUGCAACUUGAAAACAAUGAGCUACAAGGUUUGAAGCUACAACAUGACCAAAAGGUAUCUGAAUUAGAGAAGACUCAGGUGGCAGUGCUAGAGGAGAAACUGGAGUUAGAGAAUUUGCAGCAGAUAGCCCAGCAGCAGAAAGGGGAAAUAGAGUGGCAGAAGCAGCUCCUCGAGAGGAAUAAACGAGAAAUAGAACGAAUGACUGCUGAGUCCCGAGCUUUACAAUCGUGUGUUGAGUGUUUGAGCAAAGAAAAGGAAGAUCUCCAAGAGAAAUGUGACAUUUGGGAAAAAAAGUUGGCACAAACCAAAAGGGUUUUAGCAGCAGCAGAAGAAAAUAGCAAAAUGGAGCAAUCAAACUUAGAAAAGUUGGAAUUGAAUGUCAGAAAACUGCAGCAGGAACUAGACCAACUAAACAGAGACAAGUUGUCACUGCAUAACGACAUUUCAGCAAUACAACAGCAGCUCCAAGAAAAACAAGAAGCAGUAAACUCACUGCAGGAGGAACUAGCUAAUGUCCAAGACCAUUUGAACCUAGCAAAACAGGACCUGCUUCACACCACCAAGCAUCAGGAUGUAUUGCUUAGUGAGCAGACCCGACUCCAAAAGGACAUCAGUGAAUGGGCAAAUAGGUUUGAAGACUGUCAGAAAGAAGAGGAGACAAAACAACAACAACUUCAAGUGCUUCAGAGUGAGAUUGAAGAAAACAAGCUCAAACUAGUCCAACAAGAAAUGAUAUUUCAGAGACUCCAGAAAGAGAGAGAAAGUGAAGAAAGCAAAUUAGAAACCAGCAAAGUGACACUGAAGGAGCAACAGCACCAGCUGGAAAAGGAAUUAACAGACCAGAAAAGCAAACUGGACCAAGUGCUCUCAAAGGUGCUGGCGGCUGAAGAGCGUGUUAGGAUUCUGCAGGAAGAGGAGAGGUGGGGUGAGAGCCUGGAGAAGACGCUCUCCCAAACUAAACGGCAGCUUUCAGAAAGGGAGCAGCAAUUGGUGGAGAAGUCAGGUGAGCUGUUGGCCCUCCAGAAAGAGGCAGACUCUAUGAGGGCAGACUUCAGCCUCCUGCGGAACCAGUUCUUGACAGAAAGAAAGAAAGCUGAGAAGCAGGUGGCCAGCCUGAAGGAAGCACUUAAGAUCCAGCGGAGCCAGCUGGAGAAAAACCUUCUUGAGCAAAAACAGGAGAACAGCUGCAUGCAAAAGGAAAUGGCAACAAUUGAACUGGUAGCCCAGGACAACCAUGAGCGGGCCAGGCGCCUGAUGAAGGAGCUCAACCAGAUGCAGUAUGAGUACACGGAGCUCAAGAAACAGAUGGCAAACCAAAAAGAUUUGGAGAGAAGACAAAUGGAAAUCAGUGAUGCAAUGAGGACACUUAAAUCUGAGGUGAAGGAUGAAAUCAGAACCAGCCUGAAGAAUCUCAAUCAGUUUCUUCCAGAACUACCAGCAGAUCUAGAAGCUAUUUUGGAAAGAAAUGAAAACCUAGAAGGAGAAUUGGAAAGCUUGAAAGAGAACUUUCCAUUUACCAUAAAUGAGGGACCUUUUGAAGAAAAACUGAACUUUUCACAAGUUCACAUAAUGGAUGAGCACUGGCGUGGAGAAGCACUCCGGGAGAAACUGCGUCACCGGGAAGACCGACUCAAGGCCCAACUCCGACACUGUAUGUCCAAGCAAGCAGAAGUAUUAAUUAAAGGAAAGCGGCAGACAGAGGGCACUUUACACAGUUUGAGAAGACAAGUAGAUGCUUUAGGGGAACUGGUCACUAGCACCUCUGCAGAUUCAGCAUCGUCACCCAGUCUGUCUCAGCUGGAGUCUUCCCUCACAGAGGACUCUCAACUUGGACAAAAUCAGGAAAAGAAUACCUCAGCCAGAUGAGGAAUACUGUCUUGUGUAAAUAUAUUCAAGGAAAGCACCUCCACUACCUCACUGACUUUAUCAUUGGAAUGUCAGUUGUUUUUUUUUUAAAUCAAGAUCCAGUGAACUAAGAUUCUGAAACUUCAAUGUAGUUUAUUUUGCCUAUACCAUUAAUGCCAAUGUUUUUAUAAAUAACUUGUACAUAGUACAUAUGGGAAUAGUUGCAUAUGGGAAUUUAAACCAUGCGGCUAAGCCUUUUUGUUUGUAUCUUCGUAACUUUUUUUUUUUAAUAAAAACCAGUGAUUUUAACUGCAUAUCUGAACCUACAAACUGGUAAAUCUUAUUAACAAAAAGAAUGUACUUAAGGCCCUCUUUAUUUAUAGUGUUAUUUUUGAAUUUUGCUUGAAAUCUAUUUUUCAUAUAAAAAUAAAAGAUAACAAUCAACUUGGGUCUGUCCGCUGACGUUACACUUCACAGGUAAUUCUGUGGAAAAGCUGUCAAGUUUUUACCUUAAUUCCAAGUAAGCAAGCUUUCAGGUGGUUUUCUUUUACCUGGAGGCUGAAGUACGUUAUACUUAUCAAUGAAGAUUUCAUCAUUUGGAAAUACAUCAAUUGUAAAACUAUUAUGCUUCAGAUGCCUUUCCUCAGCCAACAUAUUCUUUGGUGGAGAAUCAGAAAAAUUUUGUACCUUGGAGAGUAUGACCCAGUGAUAAAUUCAAAUUAACAGCUCAACUCCAUGAUGUAUAUAUUUCUUUAAAAACUAGAAUAGCAACUGCUCUCACAGUCUGGCAUAAUUAUUCCCAAGGGGGAAAUAUGUAGUAAGUUUUAAAAUAUUCUCGGGAACUGUUUUCUAGAUCACUAGACAGCUUUUGAGUCACAACAGGCAUAUUACCAUGUUACUAUAAUACAGAACAGCACAGUGCAGUAAUCCCUCACCACCAAGGUUUUUAUUCCAAAACAGUUAUUUGGCUAGAAGUGGACUGUUAAGAUACGGCAUCAAUGGAGUUACAAUAAAGAUAAUGAAAGUGACAAUUUAUUAAUACACAGUAAGUUCUAGAAGGCAUCUACUUUCAAAACAAAACUUGAUUUCUUUUGUAUUUACAUUUUUUGUUUCAAGUCUUAGCAAAAUGCUAAAAGGCCUGGCCUAGUCACAAUUAUUGACAUCCUUCUGGGACACAAUUUUCUGGGCCUGUGUUGAAUGAGGAUAAAUUUUCUUUUCUCUAAAAUGCCACAUGAACCCUGUACUCCCACAUGAAGAGGAAUGGAAGGUAAUUAUUUGGUCUUUUCUUCUGUUUAAGGGAAUGAACUGAACCACUCAUGUUUUUAAAAUCACACUUAAAACAGCAGACACAUGGGCAAAAAAGUUCCCCAAAACUAUUGUCUUAUGGAAUUUGGGAAGGAAGGUAAUGUAUGAACAUUAACAUCUGGCUUCAAAAGACAUCUUUCCAAAGAAAUUGUACUACCUAUUACGUGUACACCACCAAC